ACCCUGGUGGGCUGCUGUCUGUGGGGUCGCACAGAGUCGGACACGACUGAAGUGACGCAGCAGCAGCAAUGACUAAUGGUAUUGAGACUCUUUUCAAGUGCUUAAUGGCCAUUUGUGCAUUUUCUUUGGAGAAAUGUCUACUUAAGUCCUUCGCCCAUUUUCUAAUUGGGUUGGUUGUCUUUUGUUGUGGAAUCUUAGAAGUUCUUUAUAUAUCCUGGAAUGUUGAAUCCUUAUGCGGUAUAUGAUUUGCAAAUAUUUUCUUCCGCUUUGUAGUGUUUUUUUUCCUGUCAUGAUAGUGCUCUUUGAUAUACGAACAUUCUUAACUUUGAUGAAGUCCGAUUUGCCUUUUUGUUGUUGUUAUUGCGUAUGCUUUUGGUGUCACAUUUAGGAAUCCAUUGCCAAAUCCAAAUAUGAAGGCUUACCCUUAUGUUAUCUUCUAUUUUAUGGUUUCAGUUGUUAUAUAAUUACCCAUGGUGGGUGGGUAAACUGUGUGUGUGUACGUGUGUGUAGGGAUAACAGUUCUGGUUUUUUGCUUGAGUCUUCGCUUUGUUGAGCACUUAAAGCACUGCAUAUACUUUAUAUCACGGUGUUAUCCUAAUUUAACAAAUAAGGGAAGAUAGUUUCAAAGAAGUCAAUUGAGGCUCAGAAGUUACAUGAUUUGCCCAAGUUAGACAACCAGUUAGGUAGCCAUGUUGGUGCCCCUGGGGUUUUAGUAACGUGCGACUCAACUGCACAGGAAAAUAAUGACAAUUUGAGUAGUAAACAACGCCUGUUGAGAGCCUGAGUUCAAGGGAUUCCAAACCUGUCUCUCUCUCACUACGACUCCCUGCAACCUCACCCCAUCUUCCGCCCACUCCAGCCCUCUUAGGGCUGCCCCGCCCGAGACCUAAAGCUUCCAUUGGCUGUUGGUUACAGGCCUCAUGCUCAUACGAGAGGAAGUAGCCAAUCAAUGUGGCUCGUCUUCGCCCAGCCCGCCCGCGCUAGAUCGCGUAAUCGUUGCCCCUCCUGUGGCAUGUCGGGAAUUGUAGUCUAGUGACGCAUUGCUGCCUAUAGUGAAAGGAGAUCGAGAACUACUAGAUCCAGCAACCCAAGCGCCGAGCGGUGCAGCUUUUAGGAGUACCCCUCCAACAAUCUGGAUCUGCAACCGGCAUCCUGGAACAGAGCAUUUUACUCCUCCCUCAGAAUGAAUGGAGACCAGAAAUUGGAUGCUUACGCCCAAGAAAGGCAGGAUUUCAUCCAGCACUUCUCCCAGAUUGUCAAGGUGCUGACUGAGGAGGACAUUGGGCACCCAGAGACAGGAGAUGCCAUUACCAGACUCAAGGAGGUCCUGGAGUACAAUGCCAUUGGAGGCAAGUACAAUCGGGGUUUGACGGUGGUGGUAACAUUCCGGGAGCUUGUGGAGCCCAAGAAACAAGAUGCUGACAGUCUCCAGCGGGCCCUGACUGUGGGCUGGUGUGUGGAACUGCUCCAAGCCUUCUUCCUGGUGUCGGAUGACAUUAUGGACUCAUCCCUCACCCGACGGGGGCAGACCUGCUGGUAUCAGAAGCCAGGCAUAGGUUUGGAUGCCAUCAAUGAUGCUUUCCUUCUGGAAUCAUCCCUCUACCGCCUGUUGAAACUGUACUGUCGGGAGCAGCCCUAUUACUUGGACCUGAUUGAGCUCUUCCUGCAGAGUUCUUAUCAAACUGAGAUCGGGCAGACCUUGGACCUCAUCACAGCCCCCCAGCACAACGUGGAUCUUGGCAGAUUCACAGAAAAGAGGUAUAAGUCUAUCGUCAAGUACAAGACAGCUUUCUACUCCUUUUACCUUCCUGUGGCUGCUGCCAUGUAUAUGGCGGGCAUUAAUGGAGAGAAGGAGCAUGCCAAUGCCAAGAAGAUCCUGCUGGAGAUGGGAGAGUUCUUUCAGAUUCAGGAUGAUUACCUUGAUCUCUUUGGGGACCCCAGCGUGACGGGUAAGAUCGGCACAGACAUCCAGGACAACAAGUGCAGCUGGCUGGUGGUUCAGUGUCUGCAGCGGGCCUCUCCAGAACAGCGCCAAAUCCUGCAGGAGAACUAUGGGCAGAAGGAGGCUGAGAAGGUGGCCCGGGUGAAGGCACUCUACGAGGAGAUGAAUCUGUCGGCUGUGUACAUGCAAUACGAGGAAGACAGUUACAGCCACAUUAUGGGUCUCAUCGAGCAGUAUGCUGCGCCCCUGCCCCCAGCCAUCUUCCUGGGGUUAGCACAAAAGAUCUACAAGCGGAAAAAGUGACCUAGAGUCUGUGAAGGUGGGGAAGGGAGGCUUCUCAAUAAAUUAUUGUCUAGCCUGUG